UGUGAAACACUUGGCACUAACAAACUUUUCUCUCUCUCUCUUUGGAAACGGUUACUCCUUCGUACAAUGGCGGAUAUGGCGGUUAUAGCGAAGUACGCGCCCCUCAACGGCGGAACUCUCCUCUCCUGCUUCAAAACCAAUCUCUCUCUCUUCAAAACCACUAGAACCCUCUCUUUCGCAUACGCCCUAAUUUUCAUCUCCAUCGCCUUUACCCUCUUCCUCCUCUUCACCCCCUCCUCCUUCCCUGACGUUAUCGCCCUCACCAACUCCUCCUCUCCAAUAUCUUCCGACGAUUCUCACGCAUCGCAUUUCUCCUCAAUCGUCUUCUAUUUCCUCCCCAACUCUUCAUCUAAUUUCACUACCAAUGCAGAGGUUUCUCAUCAACCCGCCGCUAAUCAGACUCAAUUGAAGCGUUACCGAAAUCACACUCUAAUCAGAGAUGAAUCUCAGAAAAGGAAUCAGAGCAGAGUUGUGAAUUCGGCUUCUCUGGUGAAGAAUGUCACUCGAUCACAAGUUAUUUAUUCGAAGCUGCUCCAUCAACUGUCGGAGUGUGAUCUGUUUGACGGAAAUUGGGUGAGAGAUGAGUCUUAUCCGUUGUAUGAGCCUGGUUCCUGCUCCUUGAUUGAUGAACAGUUCAACUGUUUCCUCAAUGGCAGGCCUGAUAAUGCCUACCUUAAGCAUAAAUGGAAGCCUAAAGCCUGCAACUUGCCCAGGUUGAAUGGAAGCCAUAUGUUGGAAAUGCUGAGAGGGAAACGCCUGGUUUUUGUUGGUGAUUCUCUAAAUAGGAAUAUGUGGGAAUCACUCAUUUGCAUUCUGAAAAACUGUGUCAAAGAUCAAAAAAAGGUGUAUGAAGUUUCAGGGAGGCAACAUUUUCGAAGCGAAGCUUCUUAUUCGUUUCUAUUUGAAGACUACAACUGCACAGUGGAGUUCUUCGUGUCUCCUUUCUUGGUUCAAGAAUGGGAAUUCACUGAAAGGAAUGGGACGAAGAAGGAAACGCUUCGACUCGAUAUGGUCAGCAGCUUUGCUGAUAAGUACAAAGAUGCAGAUGUGCUCUUGUUCAACACUGGUCAUUGGUGGACUCAUGACAAGACCUCAAAAGGGCAGGACUACUAUCAAGAAGGUAGUCAUGUGUAUAGUGAGUUGAAUGUACUUGAGGCUUUUCGCAGAGCUAUAACGACGUGGGGCAGAUGGAUCAAUGCCAAUGUCGAUCCAAGAAAGUCCCUCGUUUUCUUCAGAGGCUACUCAGCCUCUCAUUUCAGUGGAGGGCAGUGGAAUUCAGGGGGAGCAUGUGACAAUGAAACAGAGCCAAUCAAGAAUGAUUCUUAUCUCACACCGUAUCCGGACAAGAUGAGUGUUCUUGAGAGCGUUUUUGGAGGGAUGAAAACCUGGGUUGGUUACAUGAACGUAACGAAAUUGACUGAUUAUCGAAAGGAUGGGCACCCGUCGAUAUAUAGGAAGCUGCAGUACACGGAGGAGGAGAGACGGUCGCCUCUGACCUUCCAGGACUGCAGCCAUUGGUGCCUCCCGGGAGUGCCCGAUGCCUGGAACGAGAUCCUGUAUGCAGAGCUGCUGGUGAAGUUGAACAAGAAGCAGCAAUAUCAGAAGAGAGCAGCAUAGGUAAAGACUUGAUUUCACACGUGAUCCUUUAUUUUAAUUAGUGUUUCAUUGUGUAUUCUAUAUAUGUGUAAUGUUAGCGGUGAUGCUACACAAACAACUGUUGUGUAUUAGAGAUUUUCUUGUUUUUACUUGAAACAUAUAGGUAGAUACACAAUGGAAGCAGCUUGGUUAAAGAUCCAAGAUAUACAGUGUACAUGAAUAAUGAUAAGUAUAGAGAGAGAGGGGGGAAUUUAGUUAUGUGAUGCAGGAGUUGUGUAACAACACAUGGCUAGAUAAAUGUGUGAAUCUUAAUGAUGUUGAUUGUGUGGGGAUCAAAUUUAUUUUUAA